AAAGGGCUGUUUUUACCUAAAUGCAGUGUUUGUUGACUGCUGGGGAUGUGGAAAAUUUUUGAGGGGAAAGAAAUGGAGAAGAACAGAGUAGUAACCGUCUCUGCUCUGCAGUUCGCCUGCACCGACGAUGUCACCGCCAACGUUGAGACGGCCGAGAGGUUGGUUAGAGUAGCUCACCAGAAGGGAGCGAAUAUCAUUCUCAUUCAGGAAUUAUUUGAGGGGUACUAUUUUUGUCAAGCACAAAGAGAAGACUUUUUCAAGAGAGCUAAACCUCGUGAAGGGCAUCCCACAAUACAGAGGAUGCAGAAAUUGGCAAAAGAAUUGGGAGUGGUACUGCCAAUUAGCUUUUUCGAAGAGGCAAACAAUGCACACUACAAUUCAAUUGUAGUUAUUGAUGCCGAUGGGACUGAUCUAGGACUUUACCGGAAGUCCCACAUCCCAGAUGGCCCAGGUUAUCAGGAGAAAUUUUAUUUCAAUCCCGGAGACACUGGCUUUAAGGUAUUCCAAACUAAAUUUGCUAAAAUUGGAGUAGCAAUCUGCUGGGACCAGUGGUUCCCGGAGGCUGCCCGAGCCAUGGCACUUCAAGGUGCAGAAAUAUUGUUCUAUCCGACUGCUAUUGGUUCUGAACCUCAAGAUGUAGGCCUGGAUUCUCAAGAUCACUGGAAACGAGUAAUGCAAGGCCAUGCAGGGGCUAAUGUGGUUCCUUUAGUAGCUGCAAAUCGCAUAGGCAAGGAGACAAUUCAGACCGAGCACGGCAACAGCGAGAUCACAUUCUAUGGGAAUUCGUUUAUUACCGGGCCCACCGGUGAAAUACUUGCAACUGCUGAUGAUAAACACGAAGCUGUUCUCGUCGCAGAAUUCAAUUUGGAUAAGAUCAAAUCGAAGAGAAGUAGCUGGGGUGUAUUCCGUGACCGUCGCCCCGACCUGUACAAGGUUCUUCUUACAUUGGAUGGCAAGAAUGUGGCUUCUUGAUCCGAGGUCAGUGUUUUUAAAGUGCUGUUAAAUUAUCUCCAAAACUAACUGUGUUGUGCAUUUUAGAUUUUUAAUUGGGAGAACUUCGACCCUAUUGCUCUAAUUAAAGAAUAAAUCAAAACUUGGUUGUUUCCAACUUCA